CCCAAACAAAAAAAAAAAAAGAACAAAAUUCAAGAAAAAGAACAGAAAUAAAUUGAUUCUCUGGCAAAUUUAUAGUUGAUGAACGGUUUUUUCUUGAGAUUGUGAGGUGGGUGAAAGAGUAGUUGCUGAUGGCCGGUGCCCCUCCCGGCGAUUUAUUUUCGAGGCGGCUUGAUUUGUUGGUGAUCAACGAAAUUAAAAAAAAGGCUUUUGAUGGAUUAGCAUAAUUUAAAUAAUGGACUCUGAACAUGGAAGUGGAAGCAGUAAGCAUUCCAGGAGAGAUGAAGCAGGUACACUGAAGGAAGGUGAUACAUUUGGUUCACCAAUCUCACCCGCAGAAUCUGAACAUGAGAGUGAAAUAAGAAUAGAUCAGGAGGCUACCGUAACUGAAGGCACACUUGGCCCAGCCAAAAAGCCGAAGUCUACCUCCCCUGCUUCUUCAUCCUCAGCAGACUCUUCGUUGGAAGAUGUUUUCCAAAUGGAUCCAGAAAUCAUAUUUAAGUUUAGUGCACCCCCUACUUCCUCCCAUAAACCUCGUGAAGAUUAUCAUCCAAUUGUUAGACGUGACAAAAACGAUGUUUCUUGUGGUGCCUCUUCUAAAUCAGAAGAACCUGAUAAUGAGUCACAAGGUGCUACCUCCUCACAAGUUUCCGAUAUCACCCAUGAAUCUUUUCCACAAAGCAAGUCACCUACAAAAUAUCCUCUUAUCCAAUUGAUGGAGAGGCCUGGAGAUUUUGAUCCUAAUCGAAUUCCGGCUUCCGUGUUUGCUAGUAAACCUUCCACACCAAUGGAAUGGAGUGUAGCUUCUAACGAGUCAUUGUUCAGCAUUCACAUUGGGAACAAUAGUUUCUCCAGGGAUCACAUUUUUAUGUUGGGUGGAGACGUGUAUAAGUCUGGAGAAUUGUACAAAUCGGGAGAACCGUAUAAAUCUGGAGAAUUGAACUUGUCUGGUGAGCUGAUCAGGUUCAGGAAACCCUCUCCAACUGCCAAAGGAUUGGAUAUUGACAACAAAAGCUUAGAUGGCGGGAAGUUUGUGGUUGAUAUGAAGAACUCUGAAGAAACAAAAGUAACAGAUGAAUCGAUGAAGGAUGUUCCUAAGGGAAAUAUUGAUGAUCAAGACGAGGAAAAGCUACCUCCACUUGAAGGGUUGAAUUCCUCUAAAGUCAAUCACCUCUCUGAUGGGAGUGGAACCAGUUGCAAAUCUUUUGCAUUUCCUAAAAAGACGAAGUGUGCAUGGCCAUUGUGCCACUGUUCUAAUUGUAGCUGGGCUUUCUGCUACUGUUCGGGGCCAAGCUGCUGCUGCAAGUUGCCAAGUUUGCCAAGCUGCUGCUGCAAGCAGCCAGGCUUGCCAAACUGGUGCUGCAAGUGGCCAAGCUUGCCAAACUGGUGCUGCAAGUGGUCAAGCUGUAAAGUGCCACUGUCCACAUCGUAGCUGGGCGUUCUGCUACAAUUGGAACUGUAAACGAAACAUUUUCUGUUGCUAUUCUUCUUUUGACAUUUUGACACAUGGGGGAAUGAGUGGCUCCAGGAAAGGGUUACCUGAGCAGCAGCCUUCACAACCCUCAACUUCCAGGAAGAUUCCAAAAGCAGCUUACAACAUGUGGUGUUCUUGCUCUUCUUGUUUUUUGUGUUCUUGGUGCUCCUGCUCUUGUUCUUAUUGUUCUUGAGAAAUUGAGUGCUCCAAAGCUUGUGGCAUGCUUCUUCUGCCUCGGCCUAAAAUGGCGGCCCACUCCACAAGGCUCUUGCCAUAGCAGGGUCUGGAGGAGUCAGAUGUACUCAGCCCUUGCAAAGUUAUUCUAAGUUGGCCAUCUUUACUAGUGUUGAAACACAGAUACUUGUAGUAGUUUCUUUUUUUCUCUAUGGUACAGGAAAAUAAAGCUACAGUUACGGUAUAAAUACUUUUUCUUUCCUCAUGUGUUACUUGUCCAUUGUACAAUCAAUGAUUUUUUGUAUCCCAGCUCUUUAAUCUCAAAUCCCUGUGCACUGGAGAAACGUAACUGUUCUUUUGUUCAAUAAUAGUUCAUUGUCAGGCAAGAUCACCUUUGCUUUGGCAAAUAUGGCACCACUCACCACAUGCAAUGUCUAUUUUUUAAUAAUUUGUUUAGACCUUUGCUGUUGGAAAAUAUGGUGAUGAAUUGUGGCAGCUUCCUUGAUAACCCGAGCCCGGCAGAUGGGGAAGGUAGCAAUCCAAAAGUGGAAAUAAUGGGGUAUCCGAGUCUUCCGAUAGAAGGAUUAGCAAUGACAUAGGGGUGUAUUGACAUUUGACAUCGUCAUCCAGGCAACAUGGAAUUGCACUGCAAGCAACUGCAUUGAUAGUGGCGGAGUUUUGGUGCAACUUCCAGGGCUGAAGUCUCUCCAUGAACCAUAGUGGCUGUAAAGAGGCUUACCAUUAAAAUCUGCCGAGGUCUUCCACAGUUUGAUGCUGAGAUUAGCAUUCUUGGAAGGAUAAGAGACCUGAAGCGGCCAAACCUUGUAUCUCUGAGAGUUUACAAAGCCAGUGAAGCAGAUGUUUUGCAUUUAUAAUUUUAUGCCAGGAGGUCACUUGGAAAAAUCUAUCCAGGAAAGAGCCAGAGGAGCUUUAGGGUUUGUAGCACCAGAGUAUGCUCUGAACUAUCGUAUGUCCGACAAGAGUGAUGUUUACAGUUAAGAUGUGUUGCUGCUUCAAUUGACUUCUGAUAAUUGGACUUUGGAUCCUUUGUUUUCUUCGCAUGGAAAUGGCUUCAAUAUAUUGUUUCAUUGGCCUGGCUCACUCAACUGAGAGCACUUCA